AGCCGGACCUCCUUUAUUUCUCGCCGGCAUUUCAGCACGAUACCGGCAACGACGUCAACUUUCUGCCAGGGAAACAUAUUUAUCUCUUUUUUUAUCAUUUAAACGUAACAAGUAAGCAACAUGCCAGGAUAUUCCGACAGAGACCGCGGUAGAGACAGAGACCGAGGCUAUGGCGGCGGCCCUCCUCGCUUUGGCGGCGGCCGAGGUGGCGGCGGCGGCGGGGGAGGAAAGUUCGGCAACCCCGGCGAUCGCCUGCGGAAGAAGCACUGGAACCUGGACGAGUUGCCCAAGUUCGAGAAGAACUUCUACCAGGAGCACCCUGACGUCACCAGGAGGCCCAUGCAAGAAGUGGAGAACUACAGGAGGGUGAAGACUAUCACCGUGAAAGGAAGGAACUGCCCAAAUCCCAUUGUAAAUUUCCAUGAGGCAAGCUUUCCAUCAUAUGUCAUGGAUGUGAUCAACAAGCAAAACUGGACUGAACCGACCCCCAUUCAGGCUCAGGGCUGGCCUUUAGCAUUGAGUGGCAAUGACAUGGUUGGCAUUGCACAAACCGGCUCUGGCAAAACCCUCUCGUAUUUGUUGCCUGCUAUUGUUCACAUCAACCAUCAGCCUUUCUUGGAGCGUGGCGAUGGACCUAUUUGCUUGGUGCUUGCCCCGACGCGUGAGCUGGCACAGCAGGUGCAACAAGUGGCUGCAGAGUACGGCAGAGCUUCUCGCCUCAAGACCACCUGUAUCUACGGUGGUGCACCCAAGGGGCCACAGAUUCGUGAUCUUGAAAGAGGUGUGGAGAUUUGUAUCGCAACUCCAGGCCGGCUCAUUGACUUCCUUGAAGCCGGAAAGACAAAUUUGCGUCGCUGCACUUACUUGGUGUUGGACGAGGCUGACAGAAUGCUGGACAUGGGCUUUGAACCUCAGAUCAGGAAGAUUGUGGACCAAAUCAGACCUGACCGUCAGACACUUAUGUGGAGCGCCACUUGGCCCAAAGAGGUGCGUCAGCUGGCUGAGGACUUCCUCAAAGACUACGUGCAGAUCAACGUCGGGGCUCUGCAACUGAGCGCCAACCACAACAUCCUACAAAUUGUUGAUGUGUGCAACGAUGGCGAGAAAGAAAACAAACUAAUUCGCCUGCUGGAAGAAAUCAUGAGUGAGAAGGAGAACAAGACCAUCAUCUUUGUAGAGACCAAGAGGCGAUGUGAUGACCUCACCAGGAGGAUGAGGCGGGAUGGAUGGCCAGCUAUGGGUAUCCAUGGAGAUAAGAGUCAGCAGGAAAGAGAUUGGGUGCUUAAUGAGUUUAAAUACGGCAAGGCUCCCAUUCUCAUCGCUACAGAUGUUGCCUCCAGAGGUCUAGAUGUUGAGGACGUGAAAUUUGUCAUCAACUUUGACUACCCCAACAACUCUGAGGACUAUAUCCACCGCAUCGGCCGGACGGCCCGUAGCCAAAAGACGGGCACGGCGUACACCUUCUUCACCCCCAACAACAUGAGGCAGGCCAGCGACCUCGUCUCUGUGCUCCGCGAGGCCAACCAGGCCAUCAACCCCAAGCUCCUCCAAAUGGCGGAAGUCAGAGGAGGUCGUUCAAGGGGAGGGAGAGGUGGUGACUUUGACCGCCGGGAUAGGUAUUCUUCAGGAAGGAGAGAUUAUGGCAGUUAUCGGGACAGGGACGGCGGUCGAGGCUUUGACAACGGACCAAGCAAGUCAUUCAACACAAACACUCAAAAUGGAGGCUACGGCGCCAACAACAACAAUAGUGGUGGUGGCAGCAGCAACGGCUUCAGCGGGGGGAGCUACAACGGCAACAACGGACAGUCCUUCAACAACCAGGCAGCCGCCUUUCCCCCUCAGAACAACUUCCAGGGCCAGCAGAACGGCAACCAGUUCUCUUUCCCCCCAGCACAGGCUCCUCCCCCCCUGGUGUCCUACGCUAUGCCACCUCAGUUCCCCCAGUAAACGCAAGUAAUUUAUUGCUUUUUUGACAUUUUAAGUUCCCACGUCUAGGUUGUUUUUGUAUUUACUCGACAGGGUUACAAACUACUUUUAAGAUCUGCAGUGCAAACUAUUAGUGUUGCACCUUUUUCCCCUGCCACUUACUGCUAUUUAAUUUGUUACAUUCCUUCAUGUUUAGUUAUGUUUUUGUACUGAGUACUGUCUCUUGUGUAUCCUUGAAACUGAUGUUACCUCCCACCAUGGAAGUGCACUGCAUGAUCUUUCAAUAAAACAUACAAAAACAGA